GUUUUUAUUUGCCUUCCUAUCGUUGACAAAUAAUGGGUGGCGAUGGGCAAGCCUUGACUAAUAAGCGAAGUCUUUUACACAAGACGAAGCUUUAUGAGAAUGAAUCCAAUAUUAAUGUUGAUGACGAAAGUGAAAAAUACACAGACAAGCAGUGGAAAUCUGAAAGAUGGACUCACUGUGCACUUGCGUUGAAGCCCCUUCAGUUUCCUGCCGCAUUCGAUUUGGGAGGUAGAAUUUACUCAAUGCAAUCUAUUGUUGAACACUUAUUGGAUAGGAAACGAAACAAAGUUUCAAUUGAAAACACUCGAGAGCACUUUCACCACAUAAAAAAAAUUUCGGAUGUGAGAGAAAUCACAAACGAAGUGAAUUCAAAAGGGGAAAUUCGAUGCCCUUUGACCGAUUUUUUAGCACAAUCUGGAAACCAUUUGUUCGUGGGGUUUUGGGCCUGUGGACACGUCCUUGCUAUGUGUUCUUUGCCUGUUCUUGAUGGUAACACUGAACAUGAGCGUUUGUGUCCAUUAUGUGGUGUCUCUUCAAUAGUUGUGCCGUUAGUGCUUGAUCCCUCCGCUUCAGACAAGCAACAAGAAACAUUAAAAAUGCUUCUUCGCUCAAAGAAGAAGCGAAAGCGUGAUACUGAAGAUCUGUAGAGUUUUUUUUUUAAUCAUA